AUGAGUACAUUAAAGCUAGGAUCCUUGCUGAUAAGAACGUUGGCCAAACCUGUGGCAACAUCCAUCAAAACACAGGCCAAACAACAUCCAACAUUUCGUGAAUUCUGCAUCAAUGUUGCUCAGCAAUCCCACAAGUUGGAAAUGACAUUAAAAAUGAAGUUCUUGGGUUACAAAAAAGAAGUCAUUCGACCUCUUAAUGAUGCCAGAGCUAUUGAGAGUGGAGCAAACUUCCUUAGUGAAUCUUUUGUAUUUUCGGUUGCUGCGACUAUCAUCAUUGCCGAGAGCUGGCGAUCACAUUCUUCUGCAAAACACCGAAGAAACUAUGUGGACGAUGCAUUGGAAAACCUGGAAUCUCAGACUGUUACCUUGAAAGAAGCACUGGAAGCAGUUCAAAAGGCGCACAGUACUACAGAGCAACAGCUGAAGCAGAUUGAAGAAGAUAACGCUCACUUGCGUAAACUUUUGGAUGAGAUCUUGUCUGUCAGCCUGGGUCUCAGACAUCAUACAGAAUAUGAUAGACAACCCUCAGUUAUCACUCUUCCUGGACUGAGUCAAGAAAAUUAGCUACAUUUAAUAAAUUCGAUGACAAUAGACAGUUUGAUUUCUUUUAACACACUACCUACCCAGUAAAUUACAAAACAAUAAGAACAAAAUAAGACCCAAACCUCAUUUGCUAUUACUACUACUGGUAUUGCUGUGGUGUUAUAUAUAUAUAGUCAGUAUUAGUUGAAUUGGUAUAUACCGAUUUAAAACAAAAAUAAAACAAAAAUAACAUGGUCAAUUGGGCUGAUAAUUC